AUGCAAUUAUUAUCGGUAAUAAAUGUUAUGUUUACUAAAAUUAAUCGUAAUGAACUAUGGUCAUAUGAAGCUAGAAAUUAUACUGUUAUACCGCUUGCAUCAAGAAGUGCAACAACAUUAUUUACACUUCAUAAACGGCAAACAACAGCACUAACAUGGAAAGCUCACGGUAAACAACCUGUGGAAGAUCGACGUGAAGUACCAAUGCCAAUAUUACGUCAAUGUAUUGAAGAAUUAAUAAAUAAUUCAUAUUGUUUUGAAAAAAUUAAAAAAAUACUUGUACCAGAAAAAGCUUCAUAUCGUUUAACCCAAAAUUUACAAAAUGCACUUGGUAUUGCUGGACUUAAAGGUGUUUUUUCAUUAUCAUCAGAAAAUGUUCUUAAAAUAUUACGUAAUGGAAAACAAAUUUUACUUAAUUUACUUGAAUCAUUCAUCGAUGAUCCUUUAAUUGAUUGGAUUGGUCAUGAUACCGGUGUACUGGCUGCAUUUUAUGGUGGUCAAAAUAAUUUAUAUGAAGAAACAACAGUUAAAAAACGUCAAGUUGAAAAAGAUGCUUUAUUACGAAUGUUUCAACUUCGUCAAAUUAAGAUACGACAGAAUUGGAUUACGAUAGGACCAAAAAGAUUACAAACAAUUCGAACCGAUAUGAAUACAGCAAAAUAUUUAGUUUUAACACUUUAUCAAAAUCUUGAAGAUAUCUUAAUAAAUAGCACUGUACAAGCACAUAUCGACUUAAAACCAAAUAUAUUCUACGAUAAACUUCAUGAUUUUUUUGAAAAUCACAAUGUUUUAAUUAGUACAUCACCUGCUGUACUUGCUGCAGAUUUUCUUCAAACAGUAUCUGAAUUACAAAUAUUUAUUCAUCAAUCAUCUAUUGAUGUUACUAUUUAUAAAAAUUUACUUGAUACAAAACUUCAAGCUUUAGAUAAUAAUGAAUAUACAAAUUAUCAUAAUACACUUUGA